UGGUCCUCAAGAACAGCUUUGAUAGAUCCAAAAGAACUCGAGCUUCAAACAUGAAGUCCUUCAAAGUUCUCUUCCUCCUUUUGGUCUCUGUCAGCUUUGUGCUGAUGGAAGAAAACGAUUCAAGAGAAAACACCGAGACCUCCAAGUUUCUGCAGAGACGGUAUUCAGAGGGGACAUUAGCAAGCGAUUACAGUCGAACUUUGGACAGCAUGAUGAAGAAGAACUUUGUGGAGUGGCUCUUGAACAGGAGAGAGAGCAUGAUUGAUAACAGAAUUGACCCAUCCAGGAGAGAUGCUGAACCCGCAGCAUUAGAUACAAGGAAUCAAGGCACUGAAGCUGGAUCUCAGGAGGCAACGGACUUCAUCAAAUGCAUUCUGCAAAAUAUGGGGAAACAGAGCCUGGCUCUGCCAAAAGGUUCCGAUGACUGGGAGGAUGUCCGGAGGCAAGAACAUCUGGCAUGGCUGAUUUCUGCUGACCUCUGCAGGCCAAUGCUUCAAUAGCUCACAACUUCCUUGAGGAGAAAAGAUGGACUAACUUCUGUACUCUCCUUGUUUUGUACCUUUUGCUAAUGAGUGUCAACAAUAAUUAUGACCGCAGCAAUAAAACAAUUUAUUAUCAAGUUCA